UUCUCGGCUGGGCCUCUGUGCGUGGCAGCUCCUGCGGCCCCUCUUCUGCCCGCCCGGCUCUGGGAGGCGCGAUGGCCGGCGCCCGGCUCCUCUUGGCGGGGCUGCUGAUGCUGCUGCCGCUGCUUGCUCUCGGAGGGCGCCCUCCCAGCGCCCAGGGCUCCCCGCGGAAGGCGGUGUCGGCGCGGCUGGCGGCCAAGUGGGCGGCCACCCCGCUGCUGCUGGAGGCCAGUGAAUUCAUUGCAGAAGAAAGCAAUGAGCAGUUCUGGCAGUUUUUGGAAACAGUGAAAGAAUUAACAGUAUACAAGAAAGGGGUCUCAGAACAUUCUUAUUACAAUUUAAUCUUGAAGAAAGCAGGGCAGUUCCUCUCAAACUGGCAGAUUAAUCUUUUGAAGUUUUCUCUUUCCCUGAGAGCUCAUUCCCCUACCAUUCGGAUGUUUCAGCAGAUUGCAGCUGAUGAGCCUCCGCCGAAAGGUUGCAGUGCAUUUGUGGUUAUCCAUGGGAAGAGCACCUGUAAGACUAGUGAAAUUAAGAAACUUUUGAAGAAGGUUGUUUCAAGGCCCAAGCCAUAUCUAUUCAAAGGAGAUCAUAAAUACCCUACACUCAAUGAAUCUUCCCCAGUGGUGAUCCUUUAUGCUGAAAUGGGUACCAAGGACUUUGCCACAUUUCACAAAGUACUGUCUGAGAAAGCCCAAAAAGAGGAGUUUGUUUACAUUCUGCGACAUUACAUCCAGAAACCUAGCCCCGAGAAGAUGUAUCUGUCUGGAUAUGGGGUGGAACUUGCCAUCAAGAGUACAGAAUACAAAGCAGUGGAUGACUCUCAGGCUGAAGCCACAAGAAAUGAAACAGAAGAAGAAGGCGAUGAGGAAAACGAUGUGCAGGGAUUUCUCUUUGACACAUUAAGGCAGAACUAUCCUGACCUCAAAGACAAUUUGAAAGAGCUGAGAAAAUAUCUGAUUGAAAGUACUGAUGGUACUGAGCCCCUGAAGGUGUGGGAAUUGCAAGACAUUAGUCUUCAGGCAGCCUCUCAGAUUCUCUCUGCUCCUGUUUACAAUGCAUUAAAAGUAAUGAAAGACAUUGCACAGAAUUUCCCUGUGAAGGCCAGAUCCCUGUCGAGAAUGCUAGUAAACCUGGAAAUGCGAAAAGAAAUAAAAGAAAAUCAAAAGCAUCUGCGUGAAACUCUUGAACUUCAGCCCGGUGAAGCACAUUUGUUUCUAAAUGGUCUUCCCAUAGAUCUGGAUUUUCAUGAUCCAUUUAGUAUUUUAGAAACUCUGAAGCUGGAAGGGAAAGCGAUGCAUGGACUUCAUUCCCUCGGGAUUAAAGGAGAAAUUCUUAGUAAACUCAUGAAAUUACCUGUCCGAUCUAACACCGACACCUACGCAAUCGACAUCCGUCACUCUUCAAUAGUUUGGAUCAACAACAUAGAAAAGGAUCAGAUGUAUAACAAAUGGCCUUCAAGUUUUCAAGAGCUUCUUAAGCCAGCAUAUGCAGGAAUGAUGCGGCAGAUUCGACGCAAUUUGUACAAUUUGGUCCUCUUUCUUGAUCCUGUCCAGGAAGAGGCAGCUGACUUUAUGAAACUUGUUGAAGUAAUCUACAGUCAAAGAGUACCUCUAAGAAUUGGAUUUGUUUUCGUUUUAAAUACUGAUGAAGCGGUUGAUGGAAAUGUUGAUGCGGGAGUAGCUUUAUGGAGAGCUUUUAACUACGUAGCAGAUGAAAUGGAUAUCCCUGAAGCUUUUGCCGCCAUAAUAAAUAUGUACCAUGAAAUAAAGGAUGGAGGUGUACUUUCUGUGGAGCACGUGAAGCAUGUUCUUCGAAGCGGGUUUCCUCAUGCUGACAUGCAAGAAAUCCUGGGCAUCCACUCUGAAUAUGAUGAGAAGAGAAAGGCAGGAGCAGUGUUUUAUAAGAAGACUGGCCUGGGUCCAUUGCCCCAAGCUCUCUUUAAUGGUGUGCCCUUUAACAGAAAAGAGAUGAAUGUUGCAGAGCUAGAGACCUCUCUCCUGAAGAUAGAGGAUGCCACAGAGUCCUUCCAGCGGGCAGUGUUCAUGGGCUUGCUGAAUGAUCACAAAGAUGCAGUAGAGUUCAUCAUGGAGCAACAGAAUGUAGUUUCACAUAUCAAUGACAAAAUUCUCAGCACAGAAAGAAGAUUUUUGAACUUUAUAUCCCCUUCAGUUCCUAUAGAUACACAUGAUUUUUCAACGUUUUCUUUCUUGGAUUCUCAAGAUAAGACAUUUGUUGUCGCAGAAAACAUGAAAUAUGUGUCAAGAAAAGAUGAAGACAUAAUAUAUCCAAUUACCAUAUGGAUUGUUGCUGAUUAUGACAGGCCAGAUGGGAGACAAUUGCUUUUGACUGCGCUGAAACACCUGAAAACGAGCAGUCAUGUGCAGUUUGGGAUUGUGAACAAUCCUACAUCAAAAAUUACUGAAGAUAGCACUGUCAUUGCAAGGGCAAUCCUAGCAGCUUUAUUAACCCAGAAAAACACAACCCUGAAAAAUUUUCUCAGUCGGAUUCUUAAAGAGGAAACAGCAGUGGCUCUUGCAACAGGAACUAAAAUCAAGAAGUUUAUUGUACCGGGCAUGGAUGGCAAUUCAUUUGAAAAGAAAUACCACUCAAUGGGUGUAGAUAUAAUUCAGGCUCAUUGGAUAUUUUGUCAAGAGGUUCUUCGGCUGCUUCCUGGGCAAAUGGCUACCAUCAGUAAUGGAAGGAUUAUAGGCCCUUUAUAUGAAAAUGAAUUUGGUGCAGAAGACUUUGACUUGUUGGAGAAGGUAACGCUAAGUUCUGGAGCUGUGAAGAUUAAAACUCUUGUCAAGGAAAUGGGUGUUGGCAGUAAACGUGGCAGUAAUUUAGUUAUGAAAGUAAAUGCGCUUCUUUCUUCAUUGCCAAAAAUGGAUACUCGGCGAGAUAUUGAAUUUGUUAAAGAGCAAUACAGUGUACUAAAACUAGAUCCGCAGCAAAAUGAACCAUUCUUUGAUGUCGUUGGAAUUGUAGAUCCGUUAACAAGGGAAGCACAGAAGCUGUCACAUUUACUACUUGUACUUGGUCAGAUUGUCAACAUGAAGCUGAGGCUUUUUAUGAACUGCAGACUUAAACUGUCAGAAGCACCCUUGAAGAGUUUCUAUCGUUUUGUUCUGGAGCCAGAACUUACGGCCGGGACCAAUAAUUUCUUCCCUCUUCCACCUGGGGCCAACUUCUUCGAAAUGCCAGAUACCCCUCUCUUGACACUGAAUAUGAUAACUCCAGAAAGCUGGUUGGUUGAAGCGGUGAACAGUUCCUAUGACCUUGAUAACAUUCGUUUGAAAGAUGUAGAUGAUGUUGUUUCAGCUGAGUAUGAAUUGGAAUAUUUAUUGCUUGAAGGACAUUGUUUUGACGUGACCACUAGGCAGCCUCCUCGUGGACUGCAGUUCACCCUUGGAACAAGGAAUAAUCCUGUUAAUGUUGAUACUAUUGUGAUGGCCAACCUGGGAUAUUUUCAAUUAAAGGCAAACCCAGGUGCAUGGCUUUUGAGACUCCGUGAAGGAAGAUCUGAAGACAUCUACCAAAUAUUUAAGCAUGAAGGGACUGAAUCUUCUGAAGUUCCCGAGGAGGUUAUCGUGGUAUUAAACAGUUUCAGAAGCAAAAUCAUCAAAGUCCAAGUACAGAAAAAACCUGAUGCAAUUAAUGAAGACCUCUUGAGUGAUGGCCUAAGAGAAGAAGAGGAUUUUAUGGCAAGUUCUACAGGAGAAACUCAAACAGCUGAGAAGAAAAUGGACAUAUUAAACAUCUUUUCUGUUGCAUCUGGCCAUUUGUACGAACGCUUUUUAAGAAUUAUGAUGCUUUCAGUUCUGCGACACACCAAGACACCAGUAAAAUUCUGGUUUCUCAAAAAUUAUCUAUCCCCUACCUUUAAAAAAGUUAUACCUUACAUGGCAGAAGAAUAUGGAUUCCAGUAUGAACUUGUGCAGUACAAAUGGCCACGAUGGCUUCAUCAACAGACAGAAAAGCAAAGGAUCAUUUGGGGUUACAAAAUUCUUUUCUUGGAUGUUCUCUUCCCAUUGGCUGUGGACAAAAUUAUAUUUGUUGACGCUGAUCAGAUUGUAAGAAGUGACCUGAAGGAACUCAGAGAUGUCAAUCUGAAAGGAGCACCUUAUGGUUACACUCCCUUCUGUGACAGUCGGAAAGAAAUGGAUGGCUAUCGAUUCUGGAAGUCGGGUUAUUGGGCUUCACAUCUUGGAAAAAGAAAAUACCAUAUCAGUGCUUUAUACGUUGUGGAUCUCAAGAGGUUCAGGAAGAUUGCUGCAGGAGACAGACUCCGAGGUCAAUACCAAGCACUUAGUCAGGAUCCAAACAGUCUAUCCAAUCUAGAUCAGGAUCUUCCAAAUAACAUGAUCCAUCAGGUGGCCAUUAAGUCUCUUCCUCAGGAGUGGUUGUGGUGUGAAACAUGGUGCAAUGAUGAAUCCAAAGAAAAGGCAAAAACCAUUGAUCUGUGUAACAACCCCAAAACCAAAGAACCCAAACUAGAAGCUGCUAUCAGGAUUGUUCCUGAAUGGUCAGAGUAUGACUCUGAAAUACAGAAGCUAAUAAACCGAUUGAGGAAAGAGAAGAAAGGCACGAGACAGUCAAAUCAAGCAGGUUCCAAACAUGAUGAACUUUAGGACCCUUUGGAAAUAGUCCUGAUGGCACAACUGCACACUGCUAGCCAGACUGGGGUAGGGAGGUGGAUGUUAACUUUUCGGGCAUGUAAACAGUACAGAUACAUUUUUUAAGAAUUUUGAAUAAGCAAAGCUUUGGAUUCUCCUCUGGAUUUGUCAUUUAGUCUGAGAAAGUUCCCACUUCUGCUGUUUCCAAGUACUUAUCAAGUUCUGGUGCUACAUUCUCUAAGCCCGCACUGCUAUUGUCUUACAUAUCCCAGUUUUAUUUUCUUUACUUCACAUACAGUUUGUGUUUGCACAUAGCACCCAUGUAAAUACUUAAUUUAUUUUAAUGUCUUCUACUUUUUCUUCCAUGGCAUCCACAGGAAAGUGCCUUAAAAUAUUACUUGAAGUUUGUAUUACUUUUCCAGCCCAUCAUGUUUGCACAUUGCUUUGCCCUGAUGUUGUAACUUUCAUUUGAACUCUAUCCAAUUUAAAAAUUAAUUCUGUUUCCUACAGUGGAUCAAUGUCAGAAUUUGGAAGGCCAGCUCAGCCUUUGUUUGAGCCACCCAGACUAGCUAUUACCUAAACCUCCAUAUUUGUUAUUAAACAUGUGGGACUUCAGCCUUUCACUUAUGAAUCUACCCUGAGCAGCCACUGAAGUUUUUUAUUGUCAUUGUUAAAAACACUUCUUUCUUUGCUCUUGGUGGAAGUGUUUAAAAAAUAUUAUGUGCCUGACAUAAUAGCUCCUUUAUUUCUGUGUGGGUUCUGUUUCUCAGUGUUUAGCACUAAGCUGUACCACUACAGAAAGAUGUAGAGUCUCCUAGAUAAUCCAUGAUAUUUUAUUUUAUGAAUUUUUUAAUGAAUUUAUACCCCCUGGUGACACAAAUAUAAAUCUUUCCUGUUUUCCUCAUCGGCAUGAAACAAACUCUCAGGGCUGAGGAUGAGAUGCUAACAACAAAAAGCAAAAUGUCACCACCAUUUUGUGCAAAAGUGAAAUAAAAACGUAACUUAAAAAAAUA